AUGACAGUUCCAGUUCCCCACCCUUACUAUCCCUUGGACGCAGUGAUCCCCAACUACGUUCCUAGGGAAUUGAGCACCCCGGCAAUCCUUGCGACGUUCACCGUCGCUUCCGUAUCCAUUCUUUCAGCUGCCAAAAUCAUCGCGACAACCGUGAACCCUAGAAUCAAGACCUCCGAGCUCUUAACGGUUCUGUGGUUUGCACUAUGCGGCGGCAUCCACCUCAUCCUUGAAGGCUACUAUGCUCUUAACUGGGCCACGCUCCCGAGCUCCCAACACCUCCUCGCACAACUCUGGAAAGAAUACUCCUUGUCGGAUUCGCGUUAUCUCACAUCUGAUGCCUUUAUGAUGAUCAUGGAGUCGAUGACGGCCUGGGCCUGGGGGCCGUUGUCCUUCCUCGUCGCCGGUUUUAUCGUCACCGAUAACCCCUUCCGCCACCCCCUGCAAAUCAUCAUCUCCACUGGCCAGCUUUACGGGAAUAUACUGUACUAUGGGAUCUGUGCGUUUGACUUUCUGGUCCAUGGAGUUGAGUACUCGAGGCCCGAGAACUAUUACUUCUAUGGGUACUUUGUGUUCUUGAAUUCGUUCUGGAUUGUCAUUCCUAUUGUGCUUAUCGCAAGCAGCAUAAAGGCUUGCGGGGGAGCAUUUGCGGAGGCCAAAAAGGCGAAGACGGUCGGGAUGAAUGGAAGUGCCAAGAAAAGGACUUAA